AAAAAAAAAACUGAAUAAAAGAUACUCGCCGUCGCCAGCCAUUGGCGACUUCUUCUUCCUCCGAUCUUCUCCUCUUCUUUGCCUCACCAGAUCUCUCUCGUUUGCAUUCAUCUCCAUCUCGUUCUUCAUUAGCCUUAUAAUCUCUUCUCAAUUAAUUCUUUUUUUUUUUUUUUUUUUUUUUUUUUUUUAAUUUUAGUUUUCUCUGCUUCUUCUUCAUAUUGACGUACACAUCCAUUUUCUCGGGUAAAAAAAGUGAAAUUCUCCAGAAUCCGGAUCUACCCAUUUCCGGAAUAAUCUCUGGGUUCCCUCCGCGCUCGAUCAAUUCCAUUUUCGUCUCGAAAAAGCAUCUCCAAUUGAGGAUCUGGAUCCGCCUCAUUUCGCUGCCCCGUCCCUUCAAAGGAGAAGGCUUUAUCUCCGAUUCGAGCUCUGGGUAAUCCUUUUCAAAGCUCCUUCGUGAGAGGUUUUGUCUCAAUGAGAGCUUUCAAUUCGAUCCCUAAUCCCUAAUAAAAGCUCCCCUCCCAAAACGAUGGAUAAACCACCGCCUCAUCACGAAUCCAUAUCAUCUCGAUGGAGCAUCUCCUCCAAAGACAAAGAAGUCACUUUCGCCGACCUAGGCUCCAAGCGUAUCCGCCACGGUUCAGCCGGAGCCGACUCCGAGAUGCUAAGCAUGUCUCAGAAGGAGAUCAAAGACGAGGACGCUCGUCUAAUCUACAUCAACGACCCCGACAGAACCAACGAGACCUUCGACUUCACCGGGAACUCAAUCAAGACAGCUAAAUACUCCGUCUUCACAUUCCUCCCCAGAAACUUAUUCGAACAGUUCCACAGAGUCGCUUACGUCUACUUUUUGGUGAUAGCUGUCCUCAAUCAGCUCCCUCAGCUUGCAGUCUUCGGGAGAGGAGCCUCCAUCAUGCCCUUAGCGUUCGUCCUAUUGGUCUCAGCCAUCAAAGACGCUUACGAGGAUUUCAGGAGGCAUAGAUCAGAUAGAGUCGAGAACAAUAGGUUGGCUUUAGUUUUCGAGGAUAACGAGUUUAAAGAGAAGCAGUGGAAGUACAUUCGUGUAGGAGAGGUUAUUAAAGUUGUGUCCAACCAGACUCUCCCUUGUGACAUGGUGCUAUUAGCUACGAGUGAUCCUACAGGUGUUGUUUACGUGCAGACGACUAAUCUAGAUGGAGAGUCUAAUUUAAAGACGAGGUACGCUAAGCAGGAGACUCUUCAGAAAGCUACUGAUUUGGAGACGUUUGAUGGGUUUAUUAAAUGUGAGAAACCGAACAGGAACAUAUACGGGUUUCAAGCGAACAUGGAGAUUGAUGGGAGAAGGCUCUCUCUCGGACCUUCUAAUAUUAUCCUCAGAGGAUGUGAGCUUAAGAACACUGAGUGGGCCUUAGGUGUUGUUGUAUACGCUGGGAGUGAGACGAAAGCUAUGCUGAACAACUCUGGAGCGCCGUCUAAGAGGAGUAGGCUGGAGACUCGGAUGAAUCUAGAGAUCAUUCUGCUGUCUUUGUUUCUGAUAGCUUUGUGCACGACCGCGGCUGCCACGGCCGCUGUGUGGCUGAGAACGCACAGGGAUGACUUGGACACGAUUCUGUUUUACAGGAGGAAGGACUACUCUGUGAAGCCGGAAGGGAAGAAUCAUAACUACUACGGUUGGGGCUGGGAGAUAUUCUUCACCUUCUUUAUGGCGGUUAUUGUCUACCAGAUCAUGAUACCGAUCUCUCUCUAUAUAUCUAUGGAGCUUGUCCGUAUUGGUCAAGCGUACUUCAUGACCAGAGAUGAUCUGAUGUAUGAUGAGUCUUCGAACUCGAGUUUCCAGUGCAGGGCUUUGAAUAUAAAUGAAGAUUUAGGGCAGAUUAAGUAUUUGUUUUCGGAUAAGACUGGGACUCUCACUGACAACAAGAUGGAGUUUCAAUGUGCCUGCAUAGGUGGUGUGGAUUACUCUGGCAGGGAGCCUGCUGAGAGUGAGCAAGAGGGAUACUCCGUUGAAGUUGAUGGAGUUACUUUGAAGCCAAAGAUGAGGGUGAGAGUUGAUCCUUCACUUCUUCAGCUGACGAGAAACGGCAAUGCAACAGAAGAAGCAAAACGUGCGAAUGAGUUCUUCCUCUCACUAGCAGCUUGCAACACAAUCGUGCCAAUCGUUACCAACACAUCUGAUCCCAACGUAAAGCUGGUAGAUUACCAAGGGGAGUCCCCUGAUGAGCAAGCACUAGUCUACGCAGCAGCUGCUUACGGUUUCUUGCUCAUAGAGAGAACAUCUGGCCACAUAGUCAUCAACGUCCGCGCAGAAAUGCAGACGUUUAACGUUUUGGGGUUGCACGAGUUCGACAGCGACCGGAAGAGAAUGUCGGUGAUACUUGGAUGCCCGGACACGUCGGUAAAGCUCUUUGUAAAAGGUGCAGACUCGUCGAUGUUCAGCGUCAUGGACGAAGAAUCCUACGGUGACGUCAUUGAAGCGACCAAGAAACAGCUUCACGCUUACUCAUCCGAUGGGUUGAGGACUCUUGUUGUUGGGUUGAGGAAGCUGAACGAUACAGAGUUUGAGCAGUGGCAUUCCUCCUUCGAGGCGGCGAGCACGGCUUUGAUCGGUAGAGCUGGACUGCUGAGAAAGGUCGCUGGGAACAUCGAGACUAAGCUAAGGAUAGUAGGAGCUACUGCGAUCGAAGACAAACUGCAGCGCGGCGUCCCGGAGGCGAUAGAGUCUCUGAGGAUCGCGGGGAUUAAAGUGUGGGUGUUGACAGGCGACAAGCAAGAGACAGCGAUCUCCAUUGGCUUCUCCUCGAGGCUUCUGACUAGAAACAUGAGGCAGAUUGUGAUAAACAGCAACUCGUUGGAUUCGUGUCGGAGGAGCUUAGAAGAAGCGAAUGCUAGUGUUGCUAGGGAUGAUGAUGACGAAAGCGUGGCUUUGAUUAUUGACGGUACCAGUCUCAUAUAUGUACUCGACAAUGAUCUUGAAGAUGUGCUCUUCCAAGUGGCUUGUAAAUCCUCUGCAGUUCUCUGCUGCCGUGUUGCUCCUUUUCAGAAAGCUGGGAUCGUUGCUCUUGUCAAGAACCGGACUUCUGACAUGACUCUUGCCAUUGGUGAUGGUGCAAAUGAUGUCUCCAUGAUCCAAAUGGCUGAUGUUGGGGUAGGAAUCAGCGGCCAAGAAGGUCGCCAAGCUGUGAUGGCGUCUGAUUUCGCAAUGGGACAGUUCAGAUUCUUAGUUCCGCUUCUGCUCGUCCAUGGACACUGGAACUACCAAAGAAUGGGAUACAUGAUACUAUACAAUUUCUACAGAAACGCAGUUUUCGUUCUAAUUUUAUUUUGGUACGUUUUGUUUACUUGCUACACAUUGACAACAGCCAUCACAGAAUGGAGUAGUGUCUUGUACUCAGUCGUAUACACUUCCUUCCCCACGAUAGUUAUUGGUAUACUCGACAAAAACCUCGGAAGGAGGAUUCUUCUAAGUCAUCCUCAGCUCUACGGUGUUGGCCAGAGAGCAGAGGGAUACUCGACCACGCUCUUCUGGUAUACGAUGUUUGACACGGUCUGGCAAAGUGCAGCUAUCUUCUUCAUUCCUCUCUUUGCUUACUGGGGCAGUACCAUCGACACGUCGAGCCUAGGAGACUUGUGGACCAUUGCCGCAGUUGUGGUGGUGAAUCUUCACUUGGCAAUGGAUGUGAUUAGAUGGAACUGGAUCGCACACGCCGCCAUUUGGGGAUCCAUUGUUGCAGCUUGUAUAUGUGUUGUUGUGAUUGAUGUUAUACCCACUCUCCCUGGUUACUGGGCAAUAUUCCAAGUGGCGAAGACAUGGAUGUUCUGGUUUUGCUUGCUUGCUAUUGUGGUGACAACAUUGCUUCCUAGAUUCGCCAUCAAGUUUCUAGUUGAGUAUUACAGACCUUCUGAUGUUCGGAUUGCUAGGGAGGUUGAGAAGCUUAGAAGUUUCAGUGAACCCCAACAAAACAUGGGAACUGAAAUGAACCAGAUUCGAGAUCCUUCAAGGAGAUGA